AUGUGGAGCCGUUCACUCCUCAGGCUGGCGUUUCGGCCCAGGGUAAUUAUAGCUCCUCGGCCUCGUGCUUUACCCUCAAUUACCACUUCGGCUUGUAACUAUGCCAAGGGUCACCGCAAAGCGUCUCUGGCCUCGACACCAACUCCCGAAGCGGUUGAGACACAUACUGAUUUCACGCCUCCAAAAGGAUCCAAGGGACACAAACGAGAACACGAGGAUAUCAGCCCUGUUGCUGCCUCUGAUGAAGACGAAAUCAUAAACCAGGCCAGCAAAAAGAUGGACAGCACCAUCGACUGGUUCAAGAGGGAACUCGCUCAAAUGGAGGCUCGGGUCAGCGGUCGCGUCGUUCCUUCGCUCUUGGAUCCAGUCCGAGUCAAAUUAAAGGAUGCUGGGGGCGCGGCAGUCAAGCUGGAUCAGGUCUCAACAGUUGGUGUGCGAGAUGGAAAUGUACUGGUCAUUACCUUGUUCGAUGAAGCGAACAUGAAAGACGUAGAAUCUUCCAUUAUCAAUGCUCAGAUACCCAACAUGAAUCCCCAACGAGCAGAUGCUCGAACGCUAAGAAUUGUUGUUCCCAAGCCAACCAUGGAAGCUCGACAAGCUGUCGUCACAAACGCCUCUCGCAUGGCAGAAGAUACCAAGGUCAAAAUACGCACCAGCCGGGAGUCGGGAAUGAAAGAUCUCAAAAAGAUGGGACACGCUAAACACUCCAAGUUUGCCGACGAGGUUCGCAUCACUUUGCUUUGUUCAUUCAAUCCUGAUUAA